AGACAGAUUGACAAAAACAAAUUAUUUAUUUAAUCACGGUUUCAAAAUUUAAACAAAAUUUAACUAAUUGGUUUUCAGCUUAGAGCCAUGGCCGAGCCUGUGGAAUUGGUCAAAGAUAAGGACGAAGUUGCUCCUUCUGCAACGGACCGAGCCGAAGAUGAUCUGGCGAAAAGUAAUGUUCCGGUUUUGAAGUCACCCUCGCUGGAUACCACUGCAGAGACUACUGAGUCUGCCCCUAAUGAUGUGGAUGUGGACGAAAACGAUAAGAAGACAAGUGCCUCGGGAGCUGGAAAGGGUAAAAAAGGAGCCAAAGGACGUCGCUCUGACACUGAUUUGGAUACCAAGCUAAAAAAGCUUACCCAGCGACGAAUCAAUGUAGCUGGAGCCCCAAAGAUGCCCCUAAAUGGUUAUGUUCGCUUUAUGAAUGAUCGUCGUGAACAACUAAGGAAAGAGCAACCUCAGCGAACAGCACUAGAGCAUACCAAGAUCAUUGGUGAGGAAUGGCAUCAACUAACCGAAGAGAAGAAGGCACCGUACAUGGAAGCAGCUGCCAAGGAUAAAGCCAUAUAUCAAGAGCAGCUUCAAAUGUUCUUUAAGGAACACCCCGAAAUUGUGGCCAAAGAGCUGGUCAAGGCAAAGAAGGCCAACAAAGUGGAAACCACAAAAUCCUCCAAAGGUGAUCUGAAAAUGAAAAAACAAACCAAAUCAGGAGCCAACAAAAGGCCAAGUGAGCCAGAUCCCGACGACAUACCCUUGGCACAAGUAAAACGUCGUUCACCGACACCACCGCCGCCACCACCACCGCCAGCACAGUCAUCGGUUCUGGUUCCAAGAUCUUUUCCAGCUGGCGAAAUACCCAUCUAUACCAACGAGUUCCUCGAGCACAAUCGCAGCACAGAAAAUGAGCUGCGUUUGCUGCGUAAAACUAAAACAGAUCUUGAACAACAAAACGCCGUACUGGAGCAGCAUGUAGAUAAUACAAAGGCGGGAUAUGCUAAGGUCAUGUCCGAGGUAAAGGAGCUAAAGGAGGAGAAUCAACGUUUGGAUGCAUAUUUGAAGAGUUUGCGCGCUAAAUUGGCCAUGGCCUUGAGUAUUCCUGGUAUGCCGGCACUGGAACCUGAUGGUGUAAAUGUCGAUAAUGUCGAUAAAUAUAUGCAACAUUUAGCCAGUCUUACUACACAAUCUUCAAGCAGUUGUAUAUUGCUAAAGGUGAGGGAAGCUCUACGUAAAUUGGAUUUCAUUAAACAAUAAGACACACAUGAGCACGCAGGAUUCAGGAGUAAAGACUGUACAGUAUUUUAAUUAAGCACAUAACUAGUUAGAAUUUUAGCUCUUGUAUGUUUCGUGUAACUCAAAAUAUAUUCGCCAACUGUCCCUUAAAAAACGCAAAAUCAUGUCAAUAAAAACAACUAGUCCGGACAAA